AUGGACCUGCAUGUGGUGUCGAUUGAGUGCUCCCUCACCAAGCCUGACGCCUCGCUCGGUGACGCGGCGAUGUGCCAACUGUUCCACCGCGUGCCCGCCCGGUGCCCGCUGCUGCACCUCUUUGGCCACGUCUCCACCCGGCGACACGACGGCGAUGCGUCGCGGGGCUCCAAUGGCGCCACAGCGGCAACAGCGGGGGUGGGGGGCGCUGUUGAGCAGCACACCAUCUGCGUGCACGUGCACGGGGUGUAUCCGUACUUCAUGGUGGAGCAGCACGACACGCGCGUCUCUGCGAUGCAGUUCGGCGCGCAGCUCGAGACGGUGGCUGUUUCGGCUCUGCGCCUCCGCACAUCCGCGGCGGUGGAGCCACCGCAGGUGCUGCAUCACGUGGAGGUGGUGCGGCUGCUACCCUUCUACGGCUACCACGCACGUCCGCGGCGCUUCUUCAAGGUGAGCGUGAUCGACCCCGCCAUGGUGCGACGACUUGCCGACUUGCUGCGCGGCAGCACGCAUGUUGCGGGUCGGCGCUGGGACGUGUAUGAAGCGCACACGCCGUUCCACUUCCAGUUCAUGGUGGACUACGGCGUCAAGGGGAUGGCGCCGUUCCGCAUUCCAGUGUGCACCGCACGCGCGCCACUCCCUGUGGGGCUUCAGACGGCGCAGCUGCACAUCGCCGCGGUGCUGCCGAGCGGCGAACCGCCACGCCUCACGUGUGCGGAGGUGGAGAUCGAUGUGGCGGCGUGCGCGCUCCACCAGCGNGCGGUGCUGCCGAGCGGCGAACCGCCACGCCUCACGUGUGCGGAGGUGGAGAUCGAUGUGGCGGCGUGCGCGCUCCACCAGCGCGGUAAUCGGAUGGAGCCUGGUGAAAAUCUUCUCUCCGUCCGCCGCAGCGUGCGGGAUUACUUUGCAGACUACGGUGUCGACGACACGAUACGGCGUGGCGCGGGGAUGGAUACCACUGCCCGCUGCUGCAGUGUCGCGGAUCUGCAGCGCUGCGAUCCUGCCGUCGCUGCGAUGCAGCAGCGGGCGAUUGCGUACCUGCGCGCACGCACCGCCGCAGUUGUUGUUGUUGCUUCUGCUGACCCCAAUGCUCUAUCUGCAUUGUUACAGCGGGAAACACCAUCCACGCAAGGUGAGAGGGAGAAUCCAGCCAGCGCCGCCUCACCGCACAACGGUAUCACGCAGAAGCUCCUGGAGGAGAUGCGGCGCAGCCACACUGGCACCGCACCGCUUGUGUUGUCUGCGUCAGACUCCACUGCGUCACCGCAGCGUUGCGACGCGAAUGACGGAGACACGGCGCUAAAGGCCCCUGAAACCUCAUCGACUUCCUCAUCUCUAUCCCAAAACGAAAUGGGUGAGGCGGGGAGAGAGGGUGCGGAAGAAGAGGAGAAGGAGGAUGACUAUGAUGACGGGGAGCGCUCAUUGCUGUCAAGCAACAGCAGCCGUGUGCGAGUGGUGGACAUCAGUGACGCAAAGCUGGACGUUGGUGACUCCGUCGUGCUGCUCGGUCUGCGGGCGGAGAGAGAUGCACCGUCGUCACCCACCGUCGCGAAGAUAACGGCGCUUGGCAGCGGCAGCGUGCGGCUGCAAUGGUACCUCACGCUUGGCGAGACGCACCUUGCCGACAGCCAGCGCGAGCUCGAGCGGCGCGGGCGUUGGCUUUCGAAGGGCGUGACCUCAGCGGCGGAGGAGUUGCUGCUGGGCGACGUGGAGGAUGACAACCCCGUCGAGGUGCUGGCGCACGCCUCGCGGGUCGCGGUACGGCACUCGGUUCGUGCCUGCACUAGUGACGCGCUGCUGUGCCGCUACCGCUACCACGUGUCGGAACAGCGCCUGUCGCCUAUUCCGCCGUGUGCGGGUGGAGAGUUUGUGGUAUUCCCGGCGGCACUGCUUCCGCAGACUGCUGGUUGCACAACGGCGGGCGUUGUGGAUGAGGGUGAGGAGCUUCUGUCAGCUUCCUCUUCUUCCACGUUGUCGUCGUCGUCUGUUGUUGCUACUGCGGCUUCUGUGAUUCGUGGCGGGGCUUCCUCUGAUGUGAGCGUGGUGCCUGGAGCCUCACAAUUACGGCAGCAGCGAGAGGCGGGCGGAGUGAGCAACACGCCGGUGGUGCUGCAGCGAUCCGUGUCGAAGGUGCGGCAGCAGGUGGUGCAGUCGCAACUAUCGCUGCUGCUCAGCUGCGCAGGCUCGUCACCGCGCGCAUGCCGGCCUCUCUCGCUGCCUGAGGUGGCUAGUGGUGGGGCGGAUUCGCAGCCUUCCUCUUCAGUGCAGCUCGUUGACACUGGCCACGCUAAAUUCUUGCUAAAGUUUCGAGAAAACCCGUCGCGCUUGCAGCCGUGCUGCAUCGCAGGCGAUAUCCCUCGCAACUUCCGCUGGAUUUAUGACAGGGAUCGCAAUUGUAUGGUGGUGUCUGCUGCCAGCUGGCCAUUUGCCACGCCCACUUCUGUUGCUGCUGUUGGGGACAGUGCUGUGGCACCUGUGGUGGGCGCCGAUCGUGCGUCGGUGCCGCUGCUCACACACAUCGCCCCAUCACAAGCCACACCACCUGAGAGGCGAGGCACACCAAGUGCAAAGCAGACGUGGCGACCACACGCAUCGUCCAACGUGUCGCACUCGCUGCAGGGAGGUGCCUACGUGACGUGUGCCCUCCGUGUGAUGUGUGUGGAGGUGCUCAUCCGCCGACAGCGCGGGGCGCAGCACGUGGCGCAAGAGCAACUCCUUGCCGUGGCGCUCGGCCGCACCACCACCACCGCUGCGACGGUGAGCGUGCGUCUCUUCUGCGUGUCUCAGGCAGGGGCGGCAGCAUCACCAGCAGCAGCAGGAGGAGCCGCGGCAUCGCGGCGAUCGCUGCCACUCGGCGACGCAGUGGAUGUUGUGCACGUGCCGUCCGAGUCUCACCUCCUGCGGCGUGUACGGCGGGAGCUGCGCGGCUACGACCCCGACAUUAUUCUGUCGUGGGACGGGGCCAAGUACGGCGCGGGGCUCCUCGCGCUGCGCUACCGUGCCGUCCUGCAGCGCAGCCUCGCGCGCGAUUUCUCUCGCCUCACCACCGACAUUGACAUUCACUCUGCGGAUGAUGAUGAUGAUGAUGACAAUGAUGGCGACGACGUGGUGUCAGCAGCGACAUCGUCAUCAUCGUCGUCGCUGGCGGGUGACAGUGGCAACUCGGCGGGGAGUGGUGCGAGGCCACGUGCUGCUGAUCCCCCGAGCGUGGGUGACACCAUGAAGCGUCUAUCGCGGCGUUUUGGCACCAGCGUGCGAAUCGCCGGUCGCGUCGUGAUUGACCUAGGCAAGCAGCUCUCCAAGGAGCUGCAGCUGCCGUCGCACACGCUGCAGAUGGCACACCAGAAGCUAUUCCACGGCAGCCUGCCGUACUUCACGGAUGUGGCGUUGGCGGAGAUGUACACCGGCAGCGGUGGCGGCAGCGGCAUUGACGAAGGUGAGGUAGAGGCAAUGCGGCGCGUGGCGCUCUCUGUACUCCUCACACGCGCCGUGACGCCACACCACAUUGCACAGCACCUCCAUUUCUACACCCGUACCGCGGAGUUCUCGCGGAUGUACGGCAUUCUCUUCCACGAGGUGCUGAGUCGGGGCAGCCAGCACCGCGUCGAGGCGACGCUGCACCGCAUGGCGAAGCCUAUCGGCUACGCGAUGCUAUCGCCGUCGCUCGAGCAGGUGCACCGCCAGCCGCGGCUGCAGAGCAUGCCGCUCAUCAUGCAGCCGCGUAGUGGCUUCUACAAGAGCGACCCGGUCGUUGUGCUGGACUUCCGCAGCCUCUACCCGAGUAUCGUCAUUGCGUACAACAUCUGCUACUCCACCUGCCUCGGCUCAGUGGCGAAGUGCGGCCGCGGUCGUCUCGGUGUGCUGCCGUCGUAUGUGCAGGCGGAUCCGCUGCUGCUUUCACUCCUCGCCGAUGAAAAGUCCGGCAGUACAUCACACCGCGUGACGUUCGCGCCGAACAGCUGCAUGUUCUUGACGCCAGAGACACGCGAGGGUGUCCUCCCACGCAUGCUGCGCGCACUCCUCGAGACACGCUUCGAGGUGCAAGCGGCACUGAAGCACGUGGCACAACCGCGCCAGGACGUAUACAUGCAGCGUGUUCUUCACGAGCAGCAGCUGGCUAUAAAGAUGCUCGCCAACACAACGUACGGAUACACGGCUGCCUCCUUUACAGGACGAAUGCCAUGUGCCGAUAUCGCCGAUGCUAUUGUGCUGCUUGGGCGACAGACGCUCGAGCGGGCGAUGCGGCUCAUCAGCGGCCACCCAACGUGGAAGGCGGAGGUGGUGUACGGCGACACUGACUCGCUCUUCGUGCGGUUGCCGGGGCGAACAAAGGAGGAAGCGUUCCUGCUGGGCGAGCAGAUGGCGCAGGAGGUGACGGCCGUCAACCCCUCACCCAUCCAGUUGCAGUUCGAAAAGGUGCUUCUGCCGUGCCUGCUGCUUGUCAAGAAGCGGUACGUCGGCUACGCGUACUUCAAGCCAGAGCAGCAGCAGCCGCAGUUCCUCGCGAAGGGCAUCGAGACAGUGCGCAGGGAUCAGUGCGCGGCGACAUCACGCCUGGCGGCAAGCAUGAUCCACGCGCUCUUCACCGGCUCCUCAGUAGAGGCGCUGCGUGCGCGCUUCUACGCGGAGGUGGGCAAGCUACAGCGCGGCGAGUGCAGCCCAGCGGACUGCAUCUUCCGCAGAGCGGUGAGGCUCGGCCGGUACCGCAGUGACUCCAGGCUGCCGCUUGGUGCACGUCUGGCGCUGCAGCUGAUGGAGAAGGACGUCAUGCACACGCCCUACUGGCGCGAGCGCAUGCCGUACGUGGUGGUGCAGCCUAUUGAUUCCGCGCGCCUGCGUGACCAGGUGGUGCACCCACAGCGGCUGCUGAGCAUGCAGGAGGAUUUGCGCAUUAACAGCGAGUAUUACAUCAUGCGCCACAUCAUCCCCACACUGGACCGCAUGUUUUAUCUUGUCGGCGUGAGCUGCGCGAGUUGGUACGCUGCAAUGCCGCGACGACGUGCCUACCGUAACUACUUUGACCUGAGACUGGCGGAUCUUUCGCUUACAGGCGUGAAGAGGACACGUUCCUGCCGUGAGGCCGUCGUUAUCAACGUCAAUGACACGGAGGGUAACACGAGCGAUAGAGAGAAUCCAAUCCCACCAGCCGACAUGACGGUGUGCCGGGUGAAGAAGCGGACCCUGGAUGCAUAUUACCAACAGACGCUGUGUGUAGUUUGCCUUGAGGAAUGCGCUAACACGCCCCCACCGAAUCCGCCCAUCUGCUCUCGCUGUCUCUGUGACCGCACAACUUCUGCUGUGCGUGUUGUGGCGCGCCGCUGCGGUGUGGAGCGGCGGUUGCGGCUGCUGGAGACGGCGUGUCUGCGCUGUAUCGGCACGUGUGGUGAGGCGGGUGGACCGAGUUUCGUUGCUGGCAUGGAGCGAGACAUGGAAGACAUGCACUUUGCCAUUCCACGCCGUCUUGCUGCUGCGCAAGGAGAGGAACUUCGCUGCCUUUCCAUUGACUGCCACUUGUCAUUUGAGAAACGACAGCUCUUCCGGCUGUAUUCGCAGCUGAUGGCGAUAGAGCGGUACGUGACGAGCCUGUGA